AUGAUUGGUCUUCGGCUAAAUCUCACAAAAACGAUGCUCAUGAAGAACGGAUGGGUUUCGUAUGCCCCAUUCACGCUCAACGGAACAAACAUCGCUGAAUGUUCCAGUUAUGUCUAUCUGUCUCGGGAGAUCAGUAUGAUGAACGGCCUAGCUCCAGAGCUGAGCAGAAGGAAACGAGCGGUUUGGAGAGCUUUCAAAAGCAUCGAGGAUGUGGUGCAGAGAACAGAGAACAUCCAACUCCGUGCCUACCUUUUCGACUCAACGGUAGUUCGUGCCCUAAGGUAUGGUAAGAAACCUGGUCGCUGCGUAAGCAGGAUGAAAAGUCACUCAGCGUUAUCGGACGCGCAAUCGAAAGGACGAUACCAGGAGUAUCCAGCUCCACACAAGUAA